AUGGUUCGACCAAAAGAUCCGUUUUGGAAGUAUGCAGUGGAUUUGAAAAAUUGUCAUUUUUCCUGUAAAUUUUGUCAUGGUCAGUUUCAUGGAGGUAUUUCUAGAAUUAAAUGGCAUUUAUCUGGCCGUAAGGGCCACGAUAUUAAAGUUUGUGAACGAGUGCCACGAGAUAUUCAGUUAGCAGUGCAACAAGUACUUGAUUCUUACAAUAAGAUCAAAGAUAGACAAGUUGAGAAUGAAAAUUACUCAAGUCCUUCAUCGUCUGGUGGCCCAAAUCUAUGCAUGGAAAAUCAUAAUAGUUUGAUGGGUGAAAAUAAUAAUAACGUUAGAGAGGGUGAUCAUAAUCUUUCCACUUCGUGGCCAUCACGUGCGCCAAAUGCACACAACGAAAAGCGUCAAGUACUGGAUAAACAAUUGGCCAGGUUCUUCUUCUCAUUUGGCAUUCGUCCUAAGGCCAUUGUCUCUCCCAUCUUUGAGGACUUUGUAAAGAGUAUUGUUGAAUACGGGCCUGGUUAUCAACUACCAAGUCCUUUUACUCUCGCGAAGGAAUUGAUGUUAGAUGUCAAAGUAGAAGCUGAAGAAUAUGUUGAAAAUUUUAUAAACGAUUCAGUUCAAGCAGGUUGUACCAUGAUGGUCAACACUUGGCGAGAUUAUGAUGAGUUCGAUGAAAAUUUUAUCAACCGUGUUGAUAUCUUUGCUUAUUCGCAAAGAGGCGCUGUAUGCUUGAUGUCAUGUAACUAUGGGUCAAGCAAAAGUCUUCAAGAAGCAAUAUUUUCUACAAUUGAGUUAUUUGGCCCCAGCCACGUUGUACAGCUUAUAUGCUAUGAUCAUGAAUAUCGUGGUCGUCUUAAUGGAGACUUCUUCACAACUAUGAAAAUGGUUUCUAAGAAACAAUAUCCUUGGAUUUGCGUGAAUCGUUGUGUUGUUGAUGUGAUCGAAAGCUUCUUUUCUGAAAUGGCAGGGAACCUGCAUUCUCUAAUCGAACUAGUAAGAUUGAUAUUUUCAUAUACUUAUCAUCAUUCCCAUGUGUUAUUCAGAAGGGGGAAGAAAAGACCAAAAGAAUACUUUGCAUCCAUUUUUUUUAUGCUUAAAUCAAUUUUGGAAGUUGAAGAUGAACUGCAAGCCUUGCAAUUUUCUAUGAUUAUAUCGUCGAGUGAUCAGAUGAAGUUGCUUGAUGAGCAAGAGGUAGCGAAACAUUCAAGAUGUGCAAAGCUUAUUGAUUAUAUUAUUCACCGUAAUGAAUUUUGGAGUCGAGUGAAAGCAGUGGCACAAGUGUGGUUUAUAGUAUUUCAGACUCGAUGCCUAGUUGAUCGCGAGGACUCAACUAUAGGAUACUUAUAUGAAAUGAUAGAAAGGCUAAAAGAUGGAAUUGAGAAAAGCCGUGAGUAUGAUUGCUUCCUUUAUGAUUUUACAUGGGAAAUAUUCAGUGAUAUGCGAAGGGAGAUUAUUUAUCCAAUACAUGCAGCUGCUGCCUUUCUAGAUCCAGCUUAUAUGUGCAGUGAUAAUUUUAAGGAAAAUAUUGAAAUGAUAGAUGGUAUAAACUAUAUGUUCGAAAACAUGGUUGAGUUAGAUGAAAAGGAAGCCUUCACGAAGGAAGUACAACAGUACCGAAUGAAAAUGCCAAAGUUAUUCACCACUCAUGCCAUCACAAUGCUAAAAACGUGCCAUCCUCGAAUAUGGUGGGACUUUUGUGGAAAGCAUAUCCCGGUAUUAAGAAAAUAUGCAAUUCGAAUAUUGAGCCAACCUUGUAGCAAUUCAUUUUGUAGGCGUUAUCAAGUGCCGCACAGUACUCAUGAUUGGAAAGAAGAUGGGUCGGCAAAGGUGAAUACAAUAAUCAUGAGCAGGAAUUCUAAAUCACUAGAAUUAGAGCCGAUCAUUCUUGAUAAACUUGGUGAAGAUCACAAUGAUUUUAAGGGCACAGAGGAGCUAGUUGAUGAAUGCUACAUUGCUUUUUUACACCAAUUGACUGAUGACGCUUUUGUCGAUCGCGUGAUAGAAGAUCGGGAUCUUUCAUGGCUGGAUAACUUUGAGAUAUAUACUUUCUUAUUUUUAUUAACUAAUUAA